AUGGAGACUUACCACGGUCUCGUCCGCACGCCCGCGGAUGCCAUCAUUCUAUUUGAGGCCUGUCGACUAGGGCUUCUCCCUCGCGUGCAGCGCCGCUUGUCAGAGAAAGAACGCCAGGCCAUUAAAUCAGGGUCUGUCUUUGUAUGGGACGAAAGGGAAGCAGGCAUGCGACGGUGGACCGACGGCAAAUCGUGGAGCGCCAGCCGAGUAUCCGGCAGUUUCUUGACGUACCGUGAGAUGGAAGGCAAGCGCGGCGGCGGUGUUUCGACUUCGCGAGCAGGCAAGACACCCGAUAGUCGAGGGAACAGCGAUGAUGACCGGGAUGGCUCCGAGGAAGGCCAGGAUGGCUACCGAUACAAGCCAGACGGUCUGAUGAAGCAGUCCUUCAGCAUCACCACGUCGACCAGACAACACCUACAUCUCAUCAGCUACUACGCUCGCUCUCAUCCAACCGCUCCUAACUUCAACCAGCCUUCUACCGAUCCAGCGCUACGACACAUUCGUCCACAAAAGGGCCUCUACCCAGAGUCAACGGUCACUGAUCCGCAGAACCUUCCAGUCGUGACGCGAGGCCCUAUGCCUGGCACGAUGACACUAUCUCCUCACAUGGCUGGCUUCCCUCGAAACAGCGCCACCCACCCGCAAUCCUACGCUCCGCUCUACAGUUGGCCUCCAACCCCUUCGGCGACCCCGCCAACGGCUACCAUCCCGUACCCUGGGCCGAAUUACCUGCCUCCUCUCGCUGGUGCCGGUCCUCCACCAUAUGCACAACCAGUACCACAUCCUCAGGGUCCUCCUGCUCCGCACCAGCAGCUUCCUACACCAUCAGAACGACCACAGCAUCUUGAAACGACACUCCCGCCACCUGUACCGUCCGCUACAAUUCCCGCACCAAGUAUCCCAGGUUAUCUUACUCGUUCACCACGCCCAGGUCCCACGUCUGUCGAUGCCGUUUAUGCCGCAAAGGCCAGUUUGUCCGUUCACAUUGAUCCUCACCUGAUCUCUUCCCAGUCUCAAACACAGGCAAUAACCGAAAAUCGGCACUCUCCUAUGCAACCCUUAACACCAAGUCAGUCACAUUUACCUCUCCCCAAUAGUCGUGAGGCUCUAGGGUCGAGUUCGACUGUGCCCAGCAUUGUGGCUUUGAUGAACGGGCCUGCUCCUGCGCCUGCACCCUUUUCGAAACUGAACGGUAGUCCCGGUUUACAGACAGAGGGGCCAAAGGAUAUUCCCAGUGAUAAGAUUGGGUUCGGGGGAGAAGAUAUGCGGGCUCUACGACAAUUAGAUCGAGUUUUUACGGCUUGA